UCUUUGUGAUGUCACCACUGGCAGUCGUGGUGUAAUUGCCUUGGUUGAGGUGAUGGCGUCAUUCCGUGCCCUGGUGUAGCCUCCCGUGCUGAGAAGAAGGGAGACGGAGUACAGACCGAGGCGAGCGUGGCAGCCGUAGCCGGGAUUGAGCAGCGCCAAGCCGGACACCUCACCCCAGAAAAUAUGGAGGCUGCGGCACAGGAGCUGCGAGCCGGCUACAGGAUCCCAGUGUUCAUCGAUCAGAUUAUCAACGACACGCUAGUGGUGACCCUCAGCCACGGAGACCACAGCUAUACCGGAAUAUUGCUGAACUCUAGCAAAAAGACUGGGUUGUUUUGUCUUCCAGACAUAUUAUCAAGUCAAGAUGAGCCUCCAGUACCAAGCAGCAGCAACAGUAAUGCUGUUUCCCAUGACAACAUGUGUUUCCAGCCACCCACUAAGACUGAGCCACAGCCAUGUAAUAAACAUACUCCCAAACCUACAGAGAACAUGUCCAUUUCUACUCCUUUUACUUUGCCUGGAGCACUGUCUCAGUACCCUCCAUAUUUUGAAGGGGCUCCCUUUCCACAGCCCCUGUGGGUAAGACAGACAUAUAACCAGUGGGUCCCACAACCUCCUCCAAGGGUAAUCAAAAGAACCAAACGACGAAACCGUGAUUCUGCCAGAAUGACUGUGAGCACUAUUAGAUUGCGGCCCAGGCAGGUUCUUUGUGAAAAGUGCAAGAACACUUUAAACAGCGACGAGGACAACAAAGAUGGAGACAGUUCCAAAGCUGCUAAAAAGGAGAACACAGAUGUGAAAGAAUCAAAGAAAUGGGAGGAGAUGGACAAUGACAGCAAAAAGUGUAAAAAGGAGAAGAAAGAGGAAGAGGGCUUUCCAGUUGAACUUGUUCCCCAUAGUCCAGUUAUCAAGAUAUCUUAUAGCACUCCACAGGGCAAAGGAGAAGUGAUCAAAAUACCUUCAAGAGUGCACGGUUCAGUUAAACCAUUCUGCCCCAAACAGUUAAUGCAGAAUGGAGGCGGCCUUGAGAGGGACGAAGAAUGUCAAGAAAACAAAAGUCUUCCAGACAAACCAGCAAAUGGCCCAGCUGCUUCAAUUCCAAAACUGAAACUAACCAGGCCUUUGCAUUUCAAUGCAGAUGUCCCACCUCCAAAAAUAAGGCUUAAGCCCCGAAGUAGUGGUGGAGACAGCGUUUCUGUAUAUCAGGCUGAAUUUGUUAACGAUCCACAGAGACAAAUUAAGACCAGAUCGCGGUCGGUUCAUGCUGAUAUUCAUUCAGAAGACUCUGCUGAAAGGAGCUCCCUCGAAUUGUCCUCGGGAAGCUCUGGAGACGAGGACGGAUUUAAUAAGCAACACGAUGACAUAGAACAACAUGGCGAUUUGACUCUGCUGCUCAAUUUUCGUAAGAGGAAAGCAGACUCGUCUAGUUUGUCAGUCUGUAGCAACGAUAGUCUGGAUGAAUCAAAAUCUUCCAGCUCAGACGGUGCAUCUCCGGAACUCUGUGAUUUUGCCCCUGGAGAGGACAUCUCUGUUUCCUCCUCAUCAAAAGAUGAGCAAAAGACUGUGCCGCCCCUAACGGUUCGAUUGCACACCAAGAGUGUCACAAAGUGUGUCACAGAAGAAGGUCAGACUGUUUCAGUAGGAGAUAUAGUGUGGGGUAAAAUUCACGGCUUCCCUUGGUGGCCUGCCCGUGUUCUUAGCAUUAGCACCAGCAAAAAAGAAGACGGCGAACCACUGUGGCAAGAAGCAAAGGUCUCCUGGUUUGGUUCCCCCACAACAUCUUUGCUCUCUGUGUCAAAACUUUCGCCAUUCUUAGAGUUUUUCCGUUUGAGGUUUAACCGAAAGAAGAAGGGAAUCUAUAGGAGGGCUAUUGCCGAAGCUGCCAAGGCAGCUGAACAUUUGACACCAGAAAUAACAUCUCUCCUCACACAUUGUGAAACGUAGGAAACCAAAGACAGGAGCACAUCUGUCCUCCUAGGGUUUCUGAAGCCUAUGAACAUCCUGCUGUGCUCCCUAGGAAAGCCUAGUGUAUUGCUAAGGGAAGUAAUCCUUGUCAUCUUUGAAGAAUGCUGAAAGCCUGGGUUAAAGCAGAGGUAGCAAGGGAGCAAGGUCAAGAAGGAGCAUCUCAAGGACAACUUUUAAAAAUUAUUUUGUAGAAUUUACUAGCGCAUACUUUAUAUUGAUAGAGUGAAUAGCCCUACUACAACUCGGAAUGUAUUUAUUAUCCGCAACACUUUACUCAACCUUUUUACUGUCUGUUUGCUGCUGCUUAUUUUAGCUAAAGGUUCAUUCACACAAUUGGUGCACAUGCAACGUGAACUAGGGAAUGAGUUGUGUUUAUACAGAAGAGAUCAUUUGUUAUCCAUAUCUCUGUUCCUGAUCAGUACUUAAAAGCAACAAAAAGAAGUCUUAACUACUGCUAAGUUAUACUGUACUUCUGUCACUUUACAAAUUUGGGAACUGUGUGACAUUGGUUUUGUGAAAUCAUAUAACAUUUUAGUAGGUUUUAAAAUACAGUAUUCCUAUUUUGUUGUGCAAAUUAGCCAUAUUCAGAACAACAUUUGUUUGAAUACUGUAUUAUAUACUCCUAUAUGAAUCUCUCUCUCUCGAUUCAGUUCUAAGCAAAGCAGUUUAUUUAGCAGUAGUGUUUCCUUUCGUUUCCUAGCACUAUUUUGCUGAUUUUUAUAUUAUUUUUUUUUUUUCCUCAAGUGUUUCCCCAGAAUAAAUCACUGGUUGUUUAACAUGUAUGAAGUAAGAAACAUGCAUCUGGAUUUGUAUAAAAUGAUAUUGGAAUACUGGGAAUGCAAACACCAAUUCAUUUUAAAGAGGGAGGGAAUCUUCAGAAAUGCUUCAAAUAGUUUUUUUUUUUUUGUUAUUU